AUGGCAUCUCCUUUACUCGCGAAGGUUGGUACCUGUAUUGUGCAUUCUGCUUUGGGCUCGCAAACAUGUACUUUGGACUCAUUUUGGCGAGAUCAAACAUGUAUUAUUACAUUCUUUCGUCGUUUGGGAUGUAAAUUUUGCCGACUAGAAGCUAAGAAUUUGAGUCAUUUAAAACCUGCUUUGGAUGCACGCAAUAUUAAAUUAAUGGGAAUUACGUUCGAUGAAGGUGGUGUAAAAGAAUUUUUAGAUGGACAUUAUUUUGAUGGAGAUCUUUAUUUAGAUCGUGAACGUAAGACAUAUAAAGCUUUAGAAUACAAAAAAGUCUCCGCCUGUUCUGGUUUCUGUUCUUUACUGACGAAAGCUGGCCGUUCUUUGAAUUCAAAGGCAAAGGCUGCCAAUAUACCUGGUAAUAUGUCUGGAGAUGGUUGGCAAACUGGUGGACUUCUUAUAGUUGAAAAAGGUGGUAAAGUCCUUUAUCAUUUUGAACAGAAAGAAGUUGUAAAUCAUCCUGAUUAUAAACAAAUUAUUGAUGUUUUGAAAAUUAAUCCUAAAGAUGUACCAGAAUUUGCUACUGUUUUAUCACAAGAAUGUGAUGAUGCUUGUAAAAUGUGA